AUGUCCUUGCUGGGGGAUGAUUUGCCUGUGCAAGUCACACACAUCCCUGGUAUUACUCGUGUGCGCUAUGUACAAGGAUCUCAGCAGGAAUGUCGCCUCGUCACGGCUGGUGAAGAUCAGCUAGUCCGUAUCUUGCCUGCAGAAGUGACGGCCACCGAUGUGGCUCCCUUAGUGAUCGAAGAUGCAAGUGAACCUGUAAGCUGGGUUGAUGCCGAUGCAUCCCACCUCAUUACCGCCUCCGUGGAUGGUGCUGUGCGCUUGUAUUGUCACACGUCCGAGCCCAACACUACGCAUCCAUCAUCUCCUGAGUUGGUUCAUGUCGUUCGGCGUGAAGUGCUCCCUGUUCGCUGUGCUGCGCUGGAAAAAGCAAAUGACUCGCCUCGUGUGGCUGUAUGUUCGGACGAGCUAUUGAUCCGCGUUGUGAAUGCAAGUGAUCCACGAAGCAUUACUCUGCUUACGGGGCAUACGCGUGGCGUCCGUGCCGCGACGUGGAGUCCCGGCCUUCCUCUGCUUGUCUCGUGUGGUUGUGAUGGCGAUAUUCGCGUCUGGGAUAUGUCGGGCCUUGAAGGUGCAUGUGUCAAAGUAUUGCCCAACUUGCUCCCUGCGCUGCGCCCUGAAAGUGAGCUUUCGUCGCAUGUGUGCUGGCGCCCUGAUGGCCAACUCAUGGCCGUGCCGCUCAAGACGCAGGAGAUUGGACUUCUUCAUACCCCGACUUCUAUGUCUCAUAUCUCUCAACCUGAUGCCUGGAAGACCAUCGGCACUCUUGGUCCUAGCAGUGGCACCAUUUCGGCAGAGCAGCAAGCGCCCUCUGGCUUGAUUUCUGCCAUGGCCUUUUGUCCUAACGGUCGGUAUCUAGCCGCCGCGACGGAAGACAUGCAAGUCACUAUUUGGGCGAUGGACUCUAUGAAGGUCGUUCGUACACGCAAGGCGGAGGCCCUUGUGACUGGCCUUUCCUGGCACCCGUCUAAGGAUGUAUUGGCAUGGACCGACAUGCAAGGGCAGCUUGUGCGUUGGGAAGGCGUACUGGGGGCGUCUCUUCCUAACCCUUUUGAGGGUGUGCCUCUGUCUGUGGUCACGGAUGAUGUGGUGCCGCUGGAGGAUGAUCUAGACGACUUGUUUGAUGACACCCUGCUGGACGAAGAGGAGCCAGAGGACGAAGCUCCUUCUCGCACAGUCCGAUCUCGGCGUCUUCCAACGGCGCAUGCAUCAUCUCUUUUACGCCAGUCAGCGUUCCAACCUUCGUCGACACCGAUGGUGUCACAGCGUCAGUACCUUGCUGUGUCAUCGAUUGGCACACUCGUGUCUAUCGACCAGGACACGCAUCAGACUGUGGUAUUUGAAUCGUAUGAUACCUCGACGCGCCGUAACUUUCGAUUUACUGAUCACUACGGCUACAAAGUCGCGAGCAUGGCUCCGCAAGGUAUUUUGUUUGCCUGCCCAGCCGAGUCUGGCAGUCCCAGCACCCUCUUUUUCCGUCCCUUUGAUGACGACCCUGGUAUUCAGGCAGAAUGGUCGGUGAAUUUGCCGACCGGUGAGAAUGCUGAGAUCGUGGCGCUGGGUGGUGUGCCAAAUGUAGGCUCUCGCGCUGAUGUACUAGAUGGGCCUACCGGUUUGGUGGACGAGAGUCAGACAUCGGCAGCUACGGCUAUUGUCGCGACGUCCCGGGGCUUUCUGCGGUUCUUUGGCCAGAGCGGUAUGCAGCGCUAUGUAUGGGCACUGGGCCAGCCCAUUGUGACCAUGGCCGCUUGCGCUCAGAGUGUAUUGGUCGUGUGCCAAGGCUCGUCGCUGUCUCCAGCCCAUGUCCAGUUAACGUACAUGGUUAUUGAGCUGCAACAGUUUACUAUCAUGCAGCAGGGCCAUGUGCCUCUGUCAGGGGGUGCCACACUGGCCUGGGCCGGGUUCAAUGAGCUUGGUAUCCCUGCACUGUACGACACCUCGGGCAUGCUCUAUACCUUGGAUCGUGCAUGGCGUCCCAACCAAGGCCGCUGGGUGCCUGCGCUAGAUACCGUGGUCGCUCUUACGCCCAAGCAUGCGGAGGCGCAGGCGGAAGACGAGGAAGGUGUCGCCCCUCGUCUCCAUUGCUGGCCUAUCGGACUCACAGCCACACAUUUGCUUGGCCUGCUCUUGCCAGCCUCGCAAAAGCAUCCACAGCCAACGGGCCCACGUCCACUGGUCCAAGAGCUGGAGCUGCAUAUAUCCAUGGCGCAGCGUGAUAGUGCCUCUGCGCCCUUGGAAGAGGCCGCUCUACGUGGAGCCCUUCUUGCUGGCGCGAUUCGUGAUGCGCGUGCUGCUACAGGGCUGGAGCUCGUAGCACAGCGCUUGCCGUCCUCGAGCGAUCCGGACGUAUUGGAUAUGGAGGCAGACAAGUCAUUGUUGCAGCUGAUUCAGCUGGCCUGCAAGGCUGACAAGUAUGGCCGCGCUUUGGAUGCGACGCGAGCGCUGCAUACCGAAGCGACCUUGAAUGCCGCGCUGAAAAUCGCCGACUUUUUCCACCUGCCUAGCUUGGCCGAUCGUAUGGAACAGAUUCGCGCGCCGAUGGCCGUCCGGCAACAGUUUGCCCAAGACAUGGUCGAUCGAGCGUGUGGCACUGAUGCCCUUCUUCGUAAUGUUGCCCGAAUCUCUGUGCCUACGCCUAUGGCGGAGGCACCGCCCCCUGUCCAAGGACAGGCGCGUGCUGCGUUGCAGCAGGAGGGUUUUGCGUCCCAGCCGCGACGCAGUACGUCGGCCUCGACACUUGCGCGCGAAGGCUUGGCGCAUCAGCAAGCCCCUGAUCCCUCUUCCCCACCCCCUUCGUCGCUCCCUACGAGUGAAUGGUCCCAGCCACCGACUGUGUCAGAGAGCGCGCCAUCAACCGUGCCGGAUACGGUGACGCCCUCGCCUGCUACUGCGCCCACUCGACCGAAUCCGUUUGCGCGGACCCACUCUGUGGCGAAAGAGCGCCAGCUGCAAAAGAGCCAGUCGUUCUUUGAUCGAGUCGAUGCGCCGUCGAAGCGCAAGAAUGAGGAGGAGACGUCGCAGCGCUCCGAAAAGCGCUCCGCAUCACGUCAGUCCACGCUGGCAAGCUUUGCCUACCAAGGCACAUCCUCUCACUCCACUGACGAUACGUCGUAA